AUGAAUCGUGAAGAUAUCGAUAGAAUUGCCGCAUCAACCUGCAUUAUAUUUCUAUCCGGUUUGGUGUUGUUCCAAUCAUGUCAUCGUGCAUCAACCAUCUACUUUUUUGAGUUGCAAACGACCACUGUAAUUUUCAUCGAACCAAUACCAGCUAUUCUUAUACCAUUCGCAUUAUCGGGUCUACUAUGGCUUAUAUACAAGGGAACGAAAAGAAGCACUAUGAUAGAGCUAGAACGAAAGGCUAUAAUGGACAAAGCAAAAGAAAUUGAGGUUAGUUGGAAACGGUAUGAAAUGAUUCACUAUCUCUCAUUUAAAUGUUACCGUCACUUUUGCUUAGUGGAUUUGCUCUGGUUCUCACGUUGUUGUUGCAGUUUCUCCGACAUCUGGUCUGAGUUCUUCUCUGUUCAUUUGCCGAUUUGGGCAUGUGUAGUUGCCUUCUACAUAGUACUCCUGGAAUUGUUUGGCGUCCACUUCGCAUACUAUUUCUACUAUCAUGAGGAAGCAAUGGUUUACUCGGCAUUGGCAUUUUCAAUCGUUUUUGGAUUGUUCCACGAGUUCUAUGGCGGUUGGUUCACAAAUGAUAUCCUGGCUUUUUCGUCGAUCUACAUUGUUUGCUCACGAGUUCAGGCCGUCAGCUAUCAAGCAGCUUCUAUUCUACUUGUUGGAAUGGCUAUCUUUGACAUUUUCUGGCUCUACGUUAUUGAUUUGAUAUCCGUUAUAACUCGUGAGAGCCGUGCGCCACUAUUUAUUACAAUUCCAAGAGAUCACCACGGUAAUAAGCAGAGCCUCGCAGCCUUGGACAUCAUUGUGCCAGGAAUAUUUUUGAAUGUCAUUCAAAAAUAUAGUUCUAUGUUCGAUCCUGGUCUGUUCACCGCCACUUAUGCGGCUGUUUUUGGUGCAUUAACGAAUGCUUGUUUUUUUAUAUUAUGGUAUUUUAGGCGUAAAAUCAUUCCUGCGCUUGCCCUUCCUGCAUUGGUGGCCAUAAUUGUCUCUAUGGGCCUUUGUACACAUCGUAAUGAUCUGUGGCGAUUUAUGAUCAAAUACAAGAGGGCGAUGCCUCCAAAGAGAGUAUAA